UUAUCUAACAAUGAACCACUUAAGCUCUAAUACCUCAUUGUUUUCCAGCUCCGUUUGAAAAAACCACUUUUAAUAUCGGCUAUCAACGAGCCCCAAUGUACUUGCUUGUGACAUGUCUCUUAUUUGGAAAUAUAUUUAUUUCUAUUCAUGCAAUUUCAGACUAUUACAAAGAUGGUGAAGGGAGCACUGAUGGAGAUACCAUGUCAUUAGUACGCAGUUUCCUUGCAAAACAUAGAGGAGGAUCCCGGUUUCAAACGUCGCACUUCGGCGCUCAAGACGAGGCACAAAAUCCAUACCUCUUAUCUCCUAGGGAUGUAUCUAGUACCGCAGGUCCAGUGUAUCACAUAUUAUCACCGCAACCAAUCAAUCAAAAGACCAUCCCGUAUUUUAUGGAGGAUCAUGACUCAUCUAGCAUUGCAGUUGGAACACGUAAUUUAGGAAGAAAGAGAGCGAUUAAUGGAUCUAAAACAGAAACAAAUCAAAAAUCCAGCAUAUCCUUAAAACCAGAGACCCAUGCCACCACAUUAAUAAACUCAACAAAUUUAGAUGAACAAGGCUCAAAUAAUCAAGAAAAUAAAACAAUAAAUAAGCCAAUUGAUAAAAUUAACAGCAAUGGGAAACCAUUGAAGACCAACGUAUUCGACAUAAACGAUGUGAAAAAGAUGCUUAAUGAUUAUAAAAUACAAGCAAGAAGUGGCGUACAACUUACCAACAGCAGUCAACCAAAUUUACAAGUUAUGUUGGACAAAUUAAAAUCCAAACAGAACUUAACUAAAGAAGGAAACCAAAGCGUUAAAUUGAAUAACAUGACAAUAAGCGAUGAAAAGCCAGAAUCACCAACAAAACUCGUGAAUAAAUUAAAAGAAGAAUCAAACUUGACUUCAGACGCAGAACUUUUCAUACUAAAAGGAGGACUGAAAUCCCGUUCUGGUAAGGACAUCACUGUUAGAGCAGAUGUACCAAUAAAAUUACCAAGCAACCUGGAGGAUGUCGCAACUGGAGAACCGAACAUUGUAUUAUCAGGUGAAAAAGCAAAUAUAAUUCCACGCACUUUACAAAAUAUAUCGGUUACAUUCCCAGAUUUAAACUUAAACAAAACCAUAAGCAUCACUGGACUCAAAUCAACUGCUUCAGAUAUACACACAUCAAACCAGUUUUCGCCCAGAUCUAGUAACACGUUUGCAACAGACUUUUCUCUUGCAAAACAUCCACCGUCAUCGUCGUCCAACAGUUUAAGAGAAAAUGUUCUUGCGCCUACAAAUAAUUUUCUUUCAAGUUAUUUUGAGCAGGACAAACCAUCUAGUGCAAUAACUGCCUCUCCUGCCUAUUCCCGUGCAAGAAGUCAACAAUCUUCUGUCUCCAAUAAUAACAGAGACAAUUUUCUCACGUGGAAGCCAUCCACCCAUAACUUCCCCUCAAGCGUUGUGGUUCAAGCAAAAUCAAUUGGGGAAGGCAAUGGAUGUAAUGUUGAAGGAAGGUUUCUGUUGGUUGGCGACAAGUGGUUAGAGCCGGGUGUCUGUGGGCUAUUCACUUGUGAACCAAACUCCUUCAGAACAGUUUCAACAGCGUGUCCAACUCUAAUGUAUCAAGAAGGAAGUGGCUGUACUAUAAAGGAGCAAGACAUGAAUCUGGACUUUCCUCGCUGUUGUCCUAUACUAAGUUGUCCCAUAUAUGAAAAAUGAAUAUGACGUCCUGAUAAUAUUGAAUUUAAUCCUAAACUAAAAUUUUUAAAGUUUUCUGACAUACAACGAUAUUGCUUAUUUGUAAAUAGUGUUUUACACGUCAUAUAAUUUUCUCAAAUGUUUAUAAAGUACAUUUUUUAAAGACCUUAUCAAAAUAUGUUUGCUGCUUAUUUCAUUACAGUGCUCAUAUGCAUGUGUUACAUGUAACUGUUCUUUAAGGAAGUACAUAACACUGAUAACCUGAAUAUUUGAGGAUAAAAUGGCUGUAUAUGUAACUUGAA